AUGGGUGUGUUUGUGCUUGCAGACUCCCGGCAGGUGCAGCCCUCGCCGCCCUGGUCCUAUGACCAGUCCUACCAGUACCUGGGCUCCAUGGCCACGCCCGCCGUGCACCCGGCCACGCCCAUCUCACCUGGCCGGGCCGGCGGCAUCACCUCGCUCACGGCCGAGCUCUCCAGCCGCCUCUCGGGAGCGUCCGAGCUGACGGCGUUCAGCGACCCCCGGGUGGGCAUCGAGCGCUCCUUCCCGGCGCUGCCGUCCAUCUCCGACCCGCGCAUGCACUACCCGGGCGCCUUCACCUACACGCCCACGCCCGUCAGCUCCGCCAUCGGCAUCGGCAUGUCGGCCAUGUCCACGGCCUCCAGGUACCACACGUACCUCCCGCCGCCCUACCCCGGCUCCUCCCAGGCCCAGGGCGGCCCCUUCCAGACCAGCUCCCCCUCGUACCACCUGUACUACGGCACCUCGGCCGGCUCCUACCAGUUCUCCAUGAUCUCGGGCGGGGAGCGCUCGCCGCCGCGCAUCCACCCGCCCUGCACCAACGCCUCCACGGGCUCCGCGCUGCUCAACCCCAGCCUGCCCAACCAGAGCGACGUGGUGGAGGCCGAAGGCAGCCACAGCAACUCGCCCACCAACAUGGCCAGCACGGCCAGGCUGGAGGAGGCCGUGUGGAGGCCCUACUGAGGAUGAGGAGGUCAGGAAGGAGCUCGAGGGUCAGGACUUCACGCACUUCCCAUUGCCCGGCGCCCGGAGGGAUCCCAGAAACUUCCCCGCGGGCCCUGCCGCGUUCAUCCACGAGUUUCAGGAGCAAACCCUUGGGAAGUCAGCGCUCCCAGGGGCCGUGGCUCUCGUUGCCAGGCCCUGGCAAAGGAUUCCCGGCAGGAGAACGAGCUCCUGGGAAGGAGGAGGCCCCAGUUGGUGGUGCAGAGGUAGCGAGGGUGGAUAGAAGGGUAUCCAGCCUGAUUCCAGGCCUGUGGCUUCCCAACGUGCCUGGGCUUGAAGGUCUCCACAGCCCUAAAAGAGAAUUUCGGUUCACUUCUAUUUUUAAGACUUAAAACCUUAAAAAAAAAAAAAAAAAAAACCAACCAAAAAACAAAGAUAAAUCUUAGUGAGUUUACUGCAUCUUAGGGAUAUCUUAAGUGUAAGGAAGUAUAGGAAGAUUCCCAGAGGGAAACUGUGAACGCUUCUGUUUUCGCAAUGCUGUGAAUGAGAGGUUUUAUAUGUUGGACUUCAUUCUUUCUUUUCUUUGUUUUGUUUGUAUAUUCCAAAGAAUAUGGAGUUUUUUUAUUACUGGGGUGGUUUUUUUUGUUUUGUUUUAUUUUGUUUUGGGUUUAGGUUUUUUGGUGUUUUUUGGUUUUGUUUU